CAGUGCAUGUUCACGCAAAAUGCUGACGCCGUAAAUUUCUGCCGGGAAGGUCGGGAUCGGAUGUUUUCACAUUUGUUACGAUUAUGCCGCGAAUGGGCAGUUAAUAUACCACAUGAUUUUAGGAGUGAGCAUAUGCGGACGAGACUCAACGAGUUGCUUGGUCUGUGCUCCGUAGACCGGAACUUCAAGCAAAAAGUUGCUGAUCUUCAAAAUACACUGAAAUCUCAGAUCAACAAAUUAGAAAGAUACGAUAAGGCCGUGAAGAGCUUGCAGAAAACCUUGAAAGAGAGUGUGCAACGCCCACUUCAGUCUGAUAUAUUGGUUGGCCUGAUUACAGUAUGUCCCGAUCCUAAAACCGUUGCUCAACAGCUGACCCAUAUUGAAAUGGAGAGAUUCAGCAUGGUUGGAGUAGAUGAGAUUUUGGUUGCUCUAGCAAACAAUGAUUUGGCAGACCUUGGUAGAAGUCGAAACGGUCCUAUGGGCUCAAUAUCCUUUUAUGUUGAUUGGUUCAAUAGAUUAUCCUCUUUCACUGCUACUGAAAACGGUCCUAUGGGUUCAAUAUCCUUCUAUGUUGAUUGGUUCAAUAGAUUGUCCUCUUUCGCUGCUACUGAAGUGCUGAGACAGUUGCGGAAGAAACAUCGGGUAGAAGUAAUUGAAUAUCUCAUUGAUGUGGCAAAGGAGUGCUGUGAGAUCGGCAAUUUCAAUAGUUUAAUGGCUAUCGUUGCUGGAUUGUCACUACCAGCAAUUACUAGGCUUAAACGGACCAUUGUUAUUCCAUUCUUCGUCCUUUUACUGAAAGAUCUCUUCUUGGUAUAUCACGGCAGCGUCAGAAACCUACCAAAUGGACAUUUGAACUUUGUGGCAUACUCUCAAAUCGCAGAACAACUGCAAUCAGUAGUGCGAUGGAAAGGAGUAUCAUGUACAUUUCCAAAAAAUGCGGCGGUUUUACAAUACUUGCUGGUUUCUCCUUUGUAUGGUGAAAAAGAAUCGAUGCUUUCAUCUUUUGAAUGUGAACCGGCAGAAAGUGCGUCUGAACGGGAACAGUUGAAGAAGCUGAAAGUACGGUCGUGA